CAGGAAGUGCAGGGCAGAGAGGACAGGGGUGACCUGUAUCUGAAAUUCCCCUGCGGAUGUGGGUGGUUGUUGCUGUGGAGCAGAGAAUGCGGAGGUACCGACUGAACAGAACGCUUCUGUAAGAGUGUCACAGGCCAGGAAUCCCAAGUUAGCCUUGUCUUCCCAGAAGAGCCACCCCUGUGAGAGCUGUGGACUCGUCUUGAGAAGGAUUUUCCACUUGACUGAGCUGCAGGGAACACAGCAUGGACAGAUACAGCUGAGGUGUGGGGCAUGUGCAAAACAAUUUUAUUUCAGUGCAGAAUUUCACCAGCAGCAUGUGAGAGAGAACACUUUCAUUGGGAGUGUGGAGAGGAUGUCACUUGCAAAGAUCUGCAAUUUCAAUGUGUCCCAGAAUGAUUUCACAUGUGGGGAGGUUGGGCAGGGCACACUUUCCUGGUCAGGGCAUCUCUACCUGAAGGCUGAUCAGACCAGGGACAGGCCAAAUGAUAUUUCCAUGGGUAGUUUGAUGUUUCAAAGGAGAAAAGAUUUUCACACCAGAAAAGAAUGUCAGGAAGAUCCCAGCAGCAGUUAUCUUCGUCCUCAUCAGAGAGUUCGGACUGGAGAAAAGCCUUAUAAAUGCAGUAAAUGUGGGAAAUCUUUUACCAGUAGCAGUGGCCUCCAUUAUCAUCAAAGUUUUCACACUGGAGAGAAGCCUUAUAAAUGCAUUGAAUGUGGAAAAUCUUUUAUCACUAGCAGUGACCUUCGUCGUCAUCACAGAUUUCACACUGGAGAAAAGCCAUAUAAAUGCAGUGAAUGUGGGAAAUCUUUUACCUACUGGAGUAGCCUCCGUUAUCAUCAAAGUUCUCACACUGGAGAAAAGCCUCACAAAUGCAUUGAAUGUGGGAAAUAUUUCACCAGUAACAGUGACCUCCAUUGUCAUCAGAGAGUUCACACUGAAGAAAAGUCUUAUAAAUGCAGUGAAUGUGGGAAAUCUUUUAUCACCAUCAGUGACCUUUGUCGUCAUCAGAGAGUUCACACUGGAGAAAAACCUUAUAAAUGCAGUGAAUGUCAUAAAUCUUUUACCAAUUGGAGUAGCCUCCAUUAUCAUCAAAGUUUUCACACUGGAGAAAAGCCUUAUAAAUGCAGUGAAUGUGGGAAAUCUUUCACCAGUAACAGUGACCUUCAUUGUCAUCAGAGAGUUCACACUGGAGAAAAGCCUUAUAAAUGCAAUGAAUGUGGGAAAUCUUUUACCACUAGCAGUUACCUUCAUCGUCAUCACAGAGUUCACACUGGAGAAAAGCCCUAUAAAUGCAGUGAAUGUGGGAAAUCUUUUCUCACAACGUCUCACCUUCAUCGUCAUCAAAGAAUUCACACUGGAGAAAUCCCAUAUAAGUGCAAUGAAUGUGGGAAAUCUUUUACCACUAGCAGUUACCUUCAUUAUCAUCAGAGAGUUCACAAUGGAGAAAAGCCUUAUAACUGCAGUGAAUGUACUAAGUCUUUUAUCACGAGCUCUCUCCUUCAUCGGCAUCAGAGAGUUCACACUGGAGAAAAACCUCAUAAAUGCAGUGAAUGUGGGAAAUCUUUUACCAAUAGCAGUAGCCUCCAUUAUCAUCAAAGUUUUCACACUGGAGAAAAGCCUUAUAAAUGCAGUGAAUGUGGGAAAUGUUUUACCAGGAGCAGUGAACUCUCUUCUCAUCAGAGAGUUCACACUGGUGAAAGGCCUUAUGUGUGCAGUGAAUGUGGGAAAUCUUUUACCUGGAACACUGCCCUUCAUCGUCAUCGGAGAGUUCAUAGUGGAGAAAAGCCUUAUAAAUGCAAUGAAUGCGGGAAAUGUUUCAAAAAUACUAGCAGCAGUUAUCUUCGUCGUCAUCAGAGAGUUCGGACUGGAGAAAAGCCUUAUAAAUGUAGUGAAUGUGGCAAAUCUUUUAAGAGUAGCAGUGGCCUCCAUUAUCAUCAAAGUUUGCACACUGGGAAGAAGCCUUAUAAAUGCAGGGAAUGUGGAAAAUCUUUUAUCAAUAGCAGUGACCUUCGUCGUCAUCAGAGAUUUCACACUGGAGAAAAGCCAUAUAAAUGCAGUGAAUGUGGGAAAUCUUUUACUGACCUUUGUCGUCAUCAGAGAGUUCACACUGGAGAAAAACCUUAUAAAUGCAGUGAAUGUGGAAAGUCUUUUACAAGUAGCAGUAGUCUCAAAUAUCAUCAGAGAGUGCACUCUGGAGAAAGGCCCUAUGAGUGCCAUGAAUGUGGAAAAUCUUUUAUCACUCAGUCUCAAGUUCAUAGUCACCAGAGCCUUCAUACAGGAGUAAAGCCUUAUAAAUGCAGUGACUGUGGGAAAUCUUUUACACAUAGGCCUUCCCUUCGUAAACAUCAGAGACUUCACACAGGUGAAAAGCCUUAUGAAUGUAAUGAAUGUGGAAAAUCUUUUACCCAGAGCACUUCCCUUCGUUGUCAUCAGAGACUCCAUACAGGAGAAAAGCCUUAUGAAUGCAGUGACUGUGGGAAAUCUUUUACAAAUAGGCCUGCCCUUCAGAAACAUCAGAGACUUCAUACAGGCGAAAUUCCUUAUAAAUGUAGUGAAUGUGGAAAAUCUUUUACCACUAACAGCUACCUUCGUAUUCAUCAGAGAGUUCACACUGGAGAAAAGCCUUAUAAAUGUAGUGAAUGUGGAAAGUCUUAUACAAGUAGCACUAAUCUUCUAUAUCAUCAGAGAGGGCACACUGGAGAAAGGCCUUAUGAGUGCAAUGAAUGUGCAAAAUCUUUUAAAACUCUGUCUCAACUUCAUGGUCAUCAGAGAAUUCAUACAGGAGUAAAGCCUUAUGAAUGCAGUGAAUGUGGCAAAUCAUUUACAUAUAGGCAUACCCUUCGUAAUCAUCAGAGACUUCAUACAGGUGAAAAGCCUUAUAAAUGCAAUGAAUGUGGGAAAUCUUUUGCUGAGAGCACUAAGCUUCAUUGUCAUCAGAGAGUUCAUUCAGGAGAAAAGCCUUAUAAAUGUAGUGAAUGUGGAAAAUCUUUUUCAAGGAGCAAUGGUCUCCAAUAUCAUCACAGAGUUCAUACAGGAGAAACGCCUUAUAAAUGUAGUGACUGUGGGAAAUCUUUUAAGGGUAGCAGUGGCCUCCAUUAUCAUCAAAUUCAUUCAGGAGAAAAGCCUUAUAAAUGUAGUGAAUGUGGAAAAUCUUUUUCAAGGAUCGAUGGUCUCCAAUGUCAUCAGAGAGUUCACACUGGAGAAAAGCCUUAUAAAUGUAGUGAAUGUGGAAAGUCUUUUACAAGUAGCACUAAUCUCCGAUAUCAUCAGAGAGAGCACACUGGAGAAAGGCCUCAUGAGUGCAAUGAAUGUGGAAAAUCUUUUAACACUCAGUCUCUACUUCAUAAUCAUCAGAGAGUUCAUACUGGAGAAAAGCCUUAUAAAUGCAGUGAAUGUGGGAAAUGUUUUGCAAGGACCUAUGAUCUCCAAUAUCAUCAGAGAGUGCACACAGGAGAAAAGCCAUAUAAAUGCAGUGAAUGUGGGAAAUCUUUUAGAUGGAGCAGUGGUCUCCAGUGUCAUCAGAGAGUUCACACUGGAGAAGGCCAUUAUGAGUGUAAUUAAUGUUAGGUAUCACUAAGGCAUAUUUUUAAAUUUGCUCUCCACAUAAAAGUCCAAAUGUGAGAAAUCUCUUAAAUGUGUAGGAAAUGAAGUUUCUUAGAUAGGACUUAAGAAUAUUACAAGAAAA